AUGUUAAAUGAUCGAAUUGCAACCUGUGAUGCGUUCGUGAUAUUGUUUAAACGUACACAUAUUUUAUCAAAAUCAAAGCGUUCGAAUUUCAAAUUUAUUACUUCCAAUGGAAGUGAACUGUAUUUAGCAGAAACAAGAAGAAUUAUUCAAAUUGCUGUUGGAAUGGACUCGCGCAAUCCUCAGAAACCAUCUUCUCCACCCCCGUCUUACGAAUCAGUUGUGAACGAUUCUCGAUUAUCUUACCAACCGACAAAUUGGAAUUUUCCGCAGCCAUCUGAGGAAUCACUUCCUGGUCUCGAUGAAUUUGUCAGACGUUAUGAAAUCAAUCCAACUUUCGCGGAAAGAUUACGAAAAUUGAAAGGCUAUGAAAUUGUUUUCAUAUGCGACGACUCUGGUUCGAUGACUGCACCACUCGGAACAAACAUUAACCCAUAUGAACAACAAAGAACACGUUGGGAUGAAUUGAAGCAAACAGUAUCAAUUGUCGUUGAUCUUGCCAGUGUGUUUGAUCCGGACGGUGUUGAUGUUUAUUUCCUUAAUCGGGAACCGAUGCUCCACGUACGUAAUUCUUCUGAACUCGAAACUAUUUUCGCUUUGGAACCAGAAGGUUCUACACCUAUCGUUCCUGUUUUCCGGCAAGUGCUUCACGAUAAACGUAAUCAGAUAUACGAGCGUAAUUUGUUAAUACUCCUUGCCACUGAUGGAGUGCCAACAGACGAACGUGAACAGUCAGAUGUUCGUACUCUCGAACAUGUACUUCGAAAUGAACGCAGACCUAUUAAUCAAAUUCCAGUGACGAUUAUUGCUUGUACAGAUGAUGACAACAGUAUGUCGUAUCUGAAUAACUGGGAUAAACAAAUUCCAAAUCUUGAUGUUGUUGAUGAUUAUCAAAGUGAAAGGAAAGAAAUUCAAGCGUGCCAGGGAAGAGAUUUUCCGUUUGGCUUUGGUGAUUACGUAGUGAAAAUUCUCAUGGGCGGUAUUGACAGUUUUUUCGAUCAGUUGGACGAAAAGAAAGUCACAUUGAACAGUCCACAACAAUGGAAUUCGGAAAUUUACAAUCCUUUUCACGGAAAUUAUCCAACUUAUUCCUAA